UCAAUCAAAGCGUGAGACACGUCCCCUUUCUGGACAUCAAACCACAGAGGAAAAACUGCAACGGGACUAAACAUAAGGGGGGAAAGUGUUACAAAUCGUUUUUCCAAUAUCAGUGAUUGAAUCGUCUUUCUUUAUCGUAAGUUUAAAAGAACACGCUUUUCCCCUUGAUUUUCGACAACUUUCUUCACUGUUUGGUGCGGCCGUGUGGGGAUGGAUGAGAUGCGGCCUAGCAGCGGAGCAGCAGCGCACCUCGGCCUCGCCUCGCUCUUUCCCCCGGGAUUGCAGGCCAUUUAUGGGGAAUGCAGGCGCCUGUAUCCCGAUCAGGCGAACCCGCUGCAAGUCACAGCCAUUGUGAAGUAUUGGUUAGGGGGUCCAGAUCCUCUGGACUACAUUAGCAUGUACAGAAACUUGGGAUGUCCUGGACAAGAUGUACCAGAACAUUGGCACUAUGUUAGCCUGGGUCUAAGUGACUUGUAUGGGGACAACAGAGUUCAUGAAUUCACAGGUCAAGAGGGCCCAAGUGGUUUUGGUUUUGAGCUCACAUUUCGCCUGAAGAGAGAAGCAGGAGAGACGGCACCCCCUACCUGGCCAGCUGAGCUCAUGCAAGGCUUGGCUCGAUACGUGUUUCAAUCAGAAAACACAUUCUGUAGUGGCGAUCACAUUUCGUGGCACAGUCCGUUGGACAACAGCGAGUCUAGAAUCCAGCAUAUGCUACUUACGGAGGACCCCCAGAUGCACCCGGUGCAGACCCCCUUUGGUCACGUCAGCUUCCUUCAGAUUGUGGGUGUUUGCACAGAGGAGCUGCAGGCAGCGCAGCAGUGGAACGGUCAAGGCAUUCUGGACCUGCUGAGAGGAGUGCACAUUGCUGGGGGUCCAUGGUUGAUCACUGACAUGAGAAGAGGGGAAACUAUAUUUGACAUCGAUCCACAUUUGCAACAGGAACGAGUGGAUAAGGGCAUAGAGACGGACGGCUCUAACCUGAGCGGGGUCAGUGCCAAGUGCGCCUGGGAUGACUUGAGCCGACCUCCCGAGGAUGAGGACGACAGCAGGAGCAUUUGCAUUGGGUCACAGCCACGCAGGCUGUCCGACAAAGACACUGAACAGAUUAGAGAAGCCCUGAGGAAAGGACUGGAGAUUAACAGCAAGUCUGUUCUGCCUCCCAUCAGCAGUCAGAGGCACAGUCACGACCGGCCGCAACAAUCAGUUGGACAUUUCCAGACCCAGCAGAUAUCAAGGAGCCGUAAGGACAGUCUAGAGAGCGAGAGCUCGGCAGCUAUUGUCCCUCACGAGUUGGUGCGAACGCGACAGCUGGAAAGUGUACAUCUGAAGUUCAACCAGGAGUCUGGGACUCUUCUCCCACUGUGCCUCAGAGGCCGUCUGCUUCAUGGCCGACAUUUCACAUAUAAAAGCAUUAAUGGAGACACAGCAAUCACCUUCGUAUCAACUGGGGUUGAAGGGGCCUUUGCCACAGAAGAGCAUCCGUAUGCUGCGCAUGGACCAUGGCUACAGAUACUACUUACUGAGGAGUUUGUAGAGCAGAUGCUAGCUGACAUUCAGGAUUUGAGCACCCGUGAGAUGUCUAAGCUGCCGAAGGAGUACAGCUGGCCCGAUAAGAAGCUAAAGAUCUCUGUCCUACCAGACACAGUGUUUGACAGCCCACUGCAAUAAGACUGGGAGCUCACUGUCCCUGAUUACAAACCUACAACUACAGAAAGGAGCGCAACUCUUUUGCCUGGCUCAUGUGCCUACAGACAGCUGAAGGAAAUAGACAUUCAGACACUUCUUCUUUUCCCAGAGAACAUUUUAGAUGAUUGCACAUGACACAGAACAUUUUUUUAAAUGUGCAGCAUUUUGUAUUGUCCGUUAUACCACUUGUCUUUGCAUUGGUCUACAUAUUCUGUUUUUCUGGUCACGUUAUAUUUCGCUGAACGUUUAGCAGCACAAGACAAUGUGCAAGCACUGGUGCCUUUAUUCAUCUUAGAAUGGACUGAAGUUUCAUUUUAAAAGAACAUUGCUUUUCUAAAUCCUGCUUGUAAUGUGAAGGAAAGCAUACAAAGGUCUUUUUUAGCCAUGUUUAUCAACAAAAAAUACUUAAGUCAGAGUAUCUAGUUUUACUGGUUUUACUAAUUUGCAUAUAUAAAAUACAGCUGUGCCUAUUUAAAGUUGAUGACAUUUCAAAAAGUCCGCAUUUAGCUGUCAAACAUGAGGUGGUUAGUCAGUUCACCCACACAAUACCAAAGCCUGUACAGUAUGGGUGUUUUCUAAGCCUCGUGUCUAAUGUAAAGUUGAGAAGCUCGUAGUGCCCCCAUCUUUCUUUUGUAUUUUACUUGUAUUGAAUUUCAUUUUAUUUGACUUUAUGAUUGCAUUCCAAGCCUCUUCAUAGGGAAGCAAACAAACUGGUUCCUGGAUGGCAAUCUAUUUUCUAGAAUGUGCAUUUGUUAUUUUUGGGAUAUGUGCUCAAUAAUAUAGGUCAAAGUGUAAAAAAGAACCUCUAUUAGUGCUUUUUAAAAGAUGAA